UAAUAUGGCAUGUGAGCAUGUGAAAUUAAUCCACUUGUCACUGAAGUGACCACCAUUAUAUUGUCAACUUUAAUUUCUCUCUUGCUUCAAUAGCUUAUUUUGAGCAAUACGUUUGACUCAGGAAGGAAUGAAGUUCUUCAGAUCUCUUUCAAAGUUGAAUGCCACUAAUGUACUAUUAGUGGUCUUGCUGUCUUCUUUUUGCUUUUCCUCAACAGAUGCAUAUGAUGCACUUGAUCCCAACGGGAACAUCACAAUAAAAUGGGAUGUCAUCAGCUGGACACCAGAUGGAUAUGUUGCCGUGGUGACUAUUUACAACUUUCAGCAAUAUAGGCAUAUUCAACCACCAGGCUGGACUUUAAAAUGGACAUGGGCAAAGGAUGAGGUGAUAUGGAACAUGACGGGAAGUCAGGCAAUAGAGCGAGGUAAUUGCUCAAAAUUCAAAGGAGAUAUUCCCCAUUGCUGUAAGAAGGACCCAACAAUUAUCGACUUGUUGCCCAACACUCCUCUCAACCAGCAGAUUGCAAAUUGCUGCAAGGGCGGAGUUGUCAACUCAUGGGGCCAGAAUCCUGCAAGCGCUGUUAGUUCGUUCCAACUCAGUGUUGGUUCUGCUGGAACAUCAAACAAAACAGUUAGAGUACCUAAAAACUUCACCUUAAAGGCACCAGGACCUGGAUAUGCUUGUGGACCUGCUAAAGUUGUUAAACAGACUAAAUUUAUUACUCCAGAUGGGAGAAGAGUUACACAGGCUAUGAGUAAGUUAAUUGGUUCAACUACAUGCGUUAUUCAGUACUCUUCUGGUUGA